AUUGAACGCGGAUGAACGGUAAUAAAUUGGCGGCUUCGGCCGAGAUCUGACAGGUGACACUGAUGGCUGUCAAGGGACUGGCUUGCCCACCACUUGGUCCCACCUGGACCAAGACCGUCAACUUGGCUUUUCAGCAACCCAGAUGGAUUUCAAACUAGACCUUUGGUCUCAGACACAAGUAGCUAAGGAGGCGCUCUUUUGAGCCGCUCUUGUGACUACGUGUCUUCCUUAUCGGAUGUACCAUCCAGACGCCCAGCAACGAGGCAUAGAGUUCCGUCAUAUAGACCUCGUCCCCCCAAUGGGCCAACCCUCAAAGUCUUUCCCCGAUCGACUCUAUGCCGGCGACAACCAAGCAGCUGCUCUGCCUGAGCGACGCCCCUUCCAUUCCGCUCCCCGCGCGUCUUGGUCCGGCGCACCAGGCUGCAUGUAUGUCGAUCAUCGACGAGACCGUACACGUCGACAGCACGGCUGCGAUGCGCUACAUUGUCGAUGCACCGACCCCGGCGGUCCUGAACAGGAAUCUGCGCGAGGGGCUGCACGAGUUCAACAAGCUUCCGUGGGAGGAUCGCGCCUUCCUGCGUGCGCGGAGACUGGACAACGUAUUCGAGAUGUGCCUGAAGGCGAGGGAGAGCGAGGAGAUGCUGGACGUCGACGUUGUUACGUGGCGCGGGAUCUUGACCAAAAUCAUGACUGGCCAGACGCUGAACCUAAAUGUCUCGUAUUACCGCGGGGUGCUGUACAUGGAGGAAGAUAGUACGGUUCGACAAUAUGAUCCCAACACCGAGUGCUCAUAUAUGGGACACAAGUUCGAAACAUUCUGCACCACCCGGCCCGAUUACGAGGAGGAUGAAGACAAAGUAGACAUGCACACGUUGUGGACGGUGGCCAUCAAGCGGACUUUGGGCGAUCUGAAGGUCCUGCUCGUCGGUGAAGUGGAUUGCGUGAAAGCCGAAUACGCCGCCAACCCGUGUCCCGAGAACUACGUCGAACUCAAGACACGUCGACAUGAGAUGAAAUCAACGUUCCCCAAUCGGGCCAAGUGGGACAUGCAGUCGCACUUGCUUGGCGCAUCGACCAUCUUCGUCGGGUUCCCUGACUCGCUUGGCACGAUCCGGGGCACGCAGGAUCUCGCCGUGCGGGACAUGCAAGCCGUCCAAUAUAAGAUCGACUGGGGUGCCCGUGUCCUGCAGAGCCUCGUGGAUCACUGCUCGAAGAACGCCCAAACUGAAGCUGGAAGGCUCAAGAUCUGGCGGGUGGAAGUCCAAAGAAAGACGAUCAAGAUCGGCGCUCUCAAGACCGGCGAAGUCUAUAGGCUCAAUCGCGGUGGAGUGCCUCGCAGUGGUAUCGUGCCCAUCUCCUUCAUAGCCAGCUUGGAAGUCCGCAGGGCUUUGCAGGCCCAGCAGGAGAGAUUGAAUGCUCUACUCUGAUGAUAUUUCGGUCUGUUCCAAUCUUGUAAGUUCGCACCAAAUGUGCCGUAGCCUCGUUUAAUUCGUGUAUCGAUCAAUUGUAUAUCAUGUUACCAAGAUCUGUGCUGGUCUCCGCAACCUACUUGGCACACUCGUGCCUUACAUGCGGGUGAAA